GCGGGUUAUAGGUUUCUGACGUCAGGUCAGGUGGUCUUUCCGGCUGCAGGACCUGCAGGGGCGUAGGGAGCUGACCCGCGGUUGGGGGGCAGUGUCCUGGCACCCUUUGCAAGCAGCCAACCCUCCCUUUCCCCGCGGGCUUUUUGCACACGACGCGCUGCGGGCCGCUUCACACGGGACGGCGGGGCUGCUCAAAAAGCGGAGCGACGAGGCGCUGGGCGAACGCAGAGCGGAGAGCUCGCGGUGCGGGGCCGGAACAGCUGAGCGCGUGCGGCCGCGGGGCCUCGGAGCAGCUUCCCAGGGGGGCGGGACUGCAUGGAGACCACGGACAAGCAGCACCUGUUGGACGUCCAGCGGGGAGCGCGGUCUUACAUGGAAGCUCUGUGGCAGGAUGGGGCUGGCUGGAUCUCUAUGUCCCCAUCAGAUGUGAACUUUCAGGCCAUUGAAAUGGCUGGCCAGGGCAACCAUUACUGCCAUGCCCAGAUGGGUCCUGACAGUCACUCCAACCCGGAGAAGGAGAAGGCCCGACGAAAACUUUAUGUGGCCUCUGCCAUCUGCCUGGUGUUCAUGAUCGGGGAAGUUGUCGGUGGAUACCUAGCACAUAGCUUGGCAAUCAUGACUGAUGCAGCCCACCUGCUCACUGAUUUUGCCAGCAUGCUCAUUAGCCUCUUUUCCCUCUGGAUGUCCUCCCGGCCAGCCACCAAGACCAUGAACUUUGGCUGGCAGCGAGCUGAAAUCCUGGGAGCCCUGCUUUCUGUGUUGUCCAUCUGGGUUGUGACUGGGAUAUUGGUCUACCUGGCAGCUGAGCGGCUGAUCUCUGGAAACUAUGAGAUUAAUGGGGGGACCAUGCUCAUCACAUCAGGCUGUGCUGUGGCUGUGAAUAUCAUAAUGGGAAUUACUCUUCACCAGUCUAGCCAUGGGCACAGUCAUGACAACAGCCAGGACAACAACCCCAGUGUUCGAGCUGCCUUCAUCCAUGUGAUUGGAGAUUUUCUGCAGAGCUUGGGUGUCCUGGUGGCCGCCUAUAUUUUAUAUUUCAAGCCAGAGUACAAGUAUAUUGACCCCAUCUGCACCUUUUUCUUUUCUGUCUUGGUGCUGGGGACAACCCUGACCAUCUUGAGAGACGUGCUUCUGGUGCUAAUGGAAGGGACCCCCAAGGGGAUGGACUUUACAGCUGUGAGGGAUCUGCUGCUGUCAGUGGAGGGUGUGGAGGCCUUACACAGCCUGCAUAUCUGGGCCUUGACUAUGACCCAGCCUGUGCUGUCUGUCCACAUUGCCAUUGCUCAGAAUGCAGAUGCUCAGGCUGUACUGAAGGUGGCCAGUACCCGUCUGCAGGGGAAGUUCCACUUUCACACCAUGACCAUCCAGAUUGAGGACUAUUCGGAGGACAUGAAGGACUGUCAGGCUUGCCAAGGCCCUUUGGACUGACUGCCUGGCCAGGCACCCACUGGAGCAUGAACAGGACCUGUGGAUGAGGCUGGGCUGAAUAUGUCCCCCAAGCCAGGACUCUCUCUGCCCCAGCUGUGUUAUAAACCACUUUCCUCUCCUGAGUGCUGCACAUGUUCCAUUCCAGGAAUGGGUGCUUCCCCUGCUCCCCUACCUGACUGCAGCCAGCCUCGCCGUGGGGACUCAGCAGGUUGUAUUACCCCACUCCAGUUCCUGGGUCUGCUCCUGAACACCUGGGUUUAGUCCUGUCUCCAACAAAGACUGUCUAUAAAGAACCUCAGGAAAGGAAAAUGUAGCAUAGUGAGGGGGACUAGAGUGGAGACUGUCCCCUACACCCCCUCUCCUACUUAACCUGUAUUCAGUCUUGCCUUUGCCUUAAAAAUCUGUGAAGAAACUGAGGAACAGAACCCCCCUUUCUGCCUCUAACAAUAUGGUUUAAGAAGGCCAUGCACUGAUGACCUCACCAUUGUGUCCCAGAACCUUACCUCUCCAGAAUCCUACCAAACCAGGGAAAGAUAGAAACAGACUAGGGGUAUGGAUUGACCUGCCCAUGCCCAGCAGAGAAGCAGUUACAGAAGCCAGAACUCCCACCUUCAUCCCCAAAAGAAUUUUGGUCCAUACUCCCAGUGGGCAAGAAUGGUAGGGGAAGAUGACCAGAGGGCUCUGAACUCCAACUCUAUCAGGACCCAGAGAAAGAGUAUUUGGAAAUUGUGAUAGGUGUACAUGUGACUUAGAAAGGAAGAGAAAGUAAAACCAUAGAAAAGAAAUGGACAAAUAUAUACAAAUAUAGACAGAUAGUUAUAGAAACAAUAGCCCAUAUCUGCAAUCUUUGGGAGAACUAUUGUAGCUUCCAAUGGAGGGAGUAGGGAUAGAGUGGUGGGAAUGGUGUGGAAUAUACCCCUGUUAUAGUUUUGUAAAUCAAUAUUAAAUCACUAAUAAAAUUUAAAAUAAUAGUAAUAA